AUGGCCUCCCAACAAACCCACAUCCCCUCCGAGCCGGCCGUGCUCGAUGUCAUCUCUCUCCGCAACAUCCAGCUCCCCCUCCCCGAAGCCCCCGACUCAUGGCAUCGUCCUGGAAAACCACAACCCUGCACCGUCUCUCUGAGACUAUCCUACUCGUCCGCUAUCGCCUCCGCAGCCGCAGAUGACGUCUCCCUUUCCAUCGAUUACGGCAAGCUAUACCGUCGUUUAGAAGAGGAUAUCAAACAAGUGGGGAAUGCGAAUGGAAACGGACAAGACUUCCGGGUGACGGCCGGGAUUGUCGCGAACUGCGCACUGGGGCUACUAGACGAUACAGCUGCAUCGGUCAAUUCAACAGCCAUGGACAGGGAGUAUGGGAAGUGUGAGGUCUGGCUGCAUCUUCCCAAGGCGUUGCUGCGCGCAGAAGGCGGACUCACGCACCGCAGCGUUACAGCUAAGGCGUAUAACCGGGAAGUGAAGCCAAGCUAUUUCCCUGUUAUAGUUGAGGAGGAGUUCCGGAUUGAGGGGAUUCGAAGCCAUUGCAUCCUGGGUGUCAACCCGCAUGAGAGAGUCGAGAAGCAGGCUGUGAUUACGUCGUUGGAGUUCAAGGGGAGUGGGGAGUGGGCUUGGGGCUCGAAGGUGGUGGAUACGUAUCAGGCUCUGACUCGGGCUGUUGCAGAGCGAGUCGAAGAGACAUCUUUCCAGUCUGUCGAGGCACUGGCGACUUUUGUUGCGCGUAUUGCGACGGUAGACUUUGACAAUGAACAGGUCAAGGUGUUGGUGGAAAAGCCCAGCGCAUUGGCGUUUGUUGAGAGGUCUGGAGUCGAAGUUAUUCGAUCAAAGGCAUUCUUUAAGUGA